AAACAAGACUUUCAAAAAUAACAAACCUGAUAUGCCGCGUAACGUCAUUUAAGAUCCUCAAAGUAGAGAUUGCAACAGAUUUUUUAAUUCUCAGUCAGUUUUAAUCAUAUUGUCUUGUAAAUUUGGUCUUAUUUCUGAAUAUCCUUUAAGCAUGGAUAAUUUGGACGACCUGUCGAACGAGCAGCUCCGGCUGAAGCUGAUGGAAUAUGGCUUGGCAAACAUGCCGGUGACGCAAACUACCCGUAAAGUUUUGAUCAAAAAGCUUAAAAAUCAUUUAGAUUCCGCCAACACAAAGGUUCGCCGUGAUACAGUUCACAUUGUUAAAUAUUCAUCCGACGAAGACAGCGAAAUGACGGAGGAAACGAAAAAGGUUCAAAAGAAAGAGGUUAGCAGACGGGCCACUAUUGGAGGAUCGGCAGCAAAACUGUCCAAGACCCUUCCAGUAAUGCCGCAGCUGCCUCCACCGAAACCAACUGUUACUGAAAAGUCGGAUAAAAUUGAACCAUCUCAAAAGCGCAGAUCCGGUAGAUUGACUCCUGUCCAGAACAAGGAAACCGUUGCUCCUACAGUUGCAGUCCCAAAAGAACCAAUGAUUGUUGAAAAUUCGGAUGAUGAGGAUGACAUUCCACUUACUCAGUUGGACAGGCGUGAUCGAAGUUCCAAAAGUCCUUCGCUGACAAGAGCGGAAAUGGUCACUACGUCAUACAUCCAUCAAGUCGAUAUUCCGCCGAAGCCAGCAAUUACAGAAACCAUGGAAAUCGAUCUAACCGAAUCGACAGAUGAUGUAGAGAUGCAAUCCCCGGUCCCAGAGCGUUACACUCGUCCUCCCACGACUCCAUCGCGUGAAUCUCGAUACACUAGUAGCACUACUUCAACAAUCAUUAAUAACAGAACAACUGUCACCGGCACACCCGGGCUCUCUCAAACUCGUCAACCGGAACUGUCCUCUUCUUUCGGACGUCCCUCCAUUUCCACAUCAUACAAUUACAAACCGUUCCAAGCGGAACCACGUGAAGAGUUGAAGUUGCAACCGACCGACUCCCCGUACUUGAGCGAAUUCACAAAACGUCUUUCCCGGUUAAAGGCCGAAAAUGCUCAGCUAAACGCGGUCCGUGAUCAUCCCAUCCGUCGUACGAUUGCGUCCAGCUACGCAUCCUCACGGAUUGACGGUAACGGCGGUCGUGAUUACACGAGCGCACGGCUGAGUUCCAUUCGAGGUAGCGAUCGUUUGGGUAAUUUGGCAGCACCAGGCGGUAGAGGAGAAAUCAGAGCAUCACUACGGCAGGUCAUUCUUGCCCUGGAUCAGAAGUAUCCCAUCAAGCGGAUGUUCUAUCUGCUGAUCGUCACGAUGAUUGUAAUUUUCCUGUUCGUGUUUUUCUUCCUGUAAAAAGAAGCUACCACAGCCGCAGUGAUCGAUGGGCAGAGGAAACAACAGCUAGAAGCUGUGGCAUUUUCGUCGGUGUUGUGUUGAGAUUGCUUUUACCUUAUUCUAACUCAAACAUUUGGUUAAUAAAAUCAUUUUUAAUCCUGAAAA